CGCUUUUUGCAUUUUUCUCAUCCCCUCUUUACUCUCUCCUCCCAACUCCAAAAAUCUCAUCACAAGAGAAAAAUGUGAGGAAUCUGAUCAUAAAAGGUUAAAAUCAGACGCAGAAUCGAACCCCUGCAAACCCUUCAUUCAAGGUGGGAAUCGUCUCCCGAUCGAUCAGAAGCAGGGACGAGCCCCUGCAGCUGAGUAUCAGCCCUCUGGCCACCUCCAAUUGGCACUGGGUGAUAUGGGUCCCCGAGAAACCGCAGCAUCAAAAUUGCCUGAUAAGAGUAAGAGGGAUGAGUGGAGUGAAGGAGGUGUUUUGAGCUUGUUGGAAGCGUACGAAUCGAAGUGGUUGCUUAGGAACCGCGCAAAGCUCAAGGGAAGCGAUUGGGAUGAUAUUGCACAGCAGGUGUCAGAUCGGAAUGAUGGGAGCAAGGCCUCAAAAGCACCUAACCAGUGUAAGAACAAGAUCGAAUCAAUGAAGAAGCGGUAUCGAAUGGAGACAUCGGGUUCUCCUUGGCAGUUCUAUGCUCGUAUGGAUAGUUUGUUGAAAGGGGUGCAUGGUUCUCAAUCGAAGGGUGACCCUGCCAUUUGUGUGAAUGGAGCGGCUGAGUUGGUCCCACAAGGUUUGCCGAAGGUGGAAAUGGAUACUUCGGAGCCUGUUUUGAGACGGGCAUCCGAGGCUGGGAAGACCCAAAUCUGCGAUGGGGCCGAUGUGGAGGCAGAGGGACAAAUGCAGGACAGCAAUCGAGAUGAUGGGUCUAACACAUUGCCUAACAAUAGGAAAGAGAGUAGGGGCACAGGUAGUGAUGUUAGUACCCCAAAGAGCAAGAUCCCCGAUGCCGGUGAUGAUGAGCCUGAAAAACUUCCAUUCAAGCGCAAGAAGAGCUUGAGCAGUGAUGUCGCAGAGAGCAUCAGAAUGCUUGCAGACUCAAUUUUGAAAAUUGAGCAGGCACGAAUGGAGAUGUACAAGGACACAGAACGUCUAAGAGUGGAGGCGGAUCUCAAAAGGAGUGAGAUGGAGCUUAAGCGGACGGAAAUAAUAGCAAACACCCAAUUGCAGAUUGCGGAGCUUCUAUCAAGGAAGCCGCGUGGUAGGAACAACGGAAGUGGAAGUUCAUCUUUGAGAACUGAAGCAACCAUGUCUCCAACUGUUCCAAGGAACGCUGACAGAAGGAACGGGUGAUUGAUUUCUCGAAGAGGAAUGCAUUCCCAAUCGCCAAUCCAUUGUAAGACUCUUACUGCCAACAUAACUUGUAUCGGUUUCGAUGGAGAUUAUGUAGCAUGUAUUUACUAAUUUGUAUUGAUAAGUACAUAAUUUAAAUCUGGAGCAAGCUAAUGGGUCCCCAGUA